CUCCCGCCCAAACGCGCUUACCAGGAUGAAGGGUAUUGAGCGCAAAAUGGGCAAGGAUCCAGGAUUCGCCGACAGGUACCGUGAAAGGGUCAGUCAUUUGUUAGAAAAUGAUUACGCUAGGGAAAUGACUAACACUGAGGUCACGCCGAAGACUUAUUACUUACCUCAUUUCGGCGUGGACAACCCCAAUAAGAAAAAACUUCGUCUGGUCUUUGAUGCUGCAAGUCAGGUAAGUGGUAGCUCACUGAACGAUUAUUUGCUCACAGGACCUGACCUAUUGUCAUCACUUUUAGGUAUAAUGCUGCGCUUUCGGGAACAUCCAAUUGCAGUAACAGGUGACAUUAGGGACAUGUUCUUGAGGGUCAAGAUCCAGCAAGACGACCAGGACGCACUAAGGUUUCUGUGGAGAAACAACCCCACAGAAAACAUAAGGACGUACGCGAUGACGUCACUCAUUUUUGGCGCAAAUUGUGCUCCAUUCGUCGCGCAAUUUGUUAAAAAUAAAAACGCCCAGCGAUUUGAAUCGUCGUUUCCCGCCGCCGUCGAUGCCAUCGUCAACUCGCACUACAUGGACGACUACAUCGACAGCCUGCCCGACGAGGCGACAGCGAUCGAAAUGGUAAGGAAUGUCAGUGAUAUCCACAGGGCGGGCGGCUUUGAAAUAAGAAACUGGACGAGCAACAGCGUCGCAGUUUUAAACAGCGUGCCAAAGGAGAUCUUAGGUACUGCUGCUGUAAGGUUCAAAGUCGGCCAGCAACAUGAAAGCGAGCGUACCUUGGGUCUCAUUUGGUACCCGGCUGAUGACAUAUUGGGUUUCGAUUUGUCAUUAAAACGUAUACCGAGCGACGUACUUGAAGGUGAGAAUAGGCCUACAAAGCGUGUAAUGCUAAGAGUAAUUAUGUCAAUAUUUGAUGUACUAGGUUUCUUAGCACCCUUCACGAUUCAAGGCCGAAUCAUGCUUCAAGAGGCUUGGCGUUUACAGGUGGAUUGGGAGGAUUACAUUCCAGACCAGAUUUAUCAAAAGUGGCGAAAGUGGAUUGACCUUCUAAAGGUAAUUAAAGAUAUCCGUAUACCUAGGUGGUACUGCACAGCCGCGCGCAAUGCGGUAAGGGACAGCCAAUCGGCGACAGCGUGUGCGAGCGAAAUGCAAGAUUGUGUGGAUAUCGACGCAGAGGUACCUACCUCGCCCCCCGCGACCCACGCGCCUACGCACGGUGCUACGAAAGGCUACGACGGCGUAGCGGCAUCUACAUAUGCUACGACCGCACCGAGUAGUAAGUACUCAUAUUAUAAUAAUUUACAAAUGCAUUUUUUUAGCGAUGCAUCUACUCAGGCGAUGUCAGCUGUGGGCUAUUGGCGCUGGGAGGAUAACGGUACUAUUUGUGUUGCAUUUAUUGCAAGCAAAAGCAGAGUUAUGCCGGUAAAACAGCUGACUAUACCGAAGGCUGAGCUGCAAGCUGCAUUGUUGUCGGCAAGACUAGCCACUGCAAUUGGAAAGGAGCACAAACUGACGCCUAUAAGGCGUUAUUUUUGGUGUGACUCCUCAACUGUGAUACAUUGGAUUCGCAACAAAAAUCGUACGUAUAAGGCCUUUGAAGCAAAUCGUUUGGGGGAGAUUGACGACCUUACCCGCGUUGACGAGUGGCGGUACAUUUCUACGAAACUAAAUGUUGCCGAUUUAGCCACGCGGGACUCGUUUGAUCUAGCCCUACAAAAUGAGUGGUUCAAAGGUCCUUCUUUUUUAUACGCUGACGAAAGUCAAUGGCCUAAAAAUAUUAUACCUACCGGUAACGAGGAGACAAGGGAAUGCGUAGCAGUCGUCCAGGUGCGCGAGGAACCUGCAUGCAUUCCAGUGCCGGACCCACAGCGCUUCUCUUCGUGGCUUCGUCUCACCCGCGCCACGGCCACAGUGCUAAAGUUCAUCUCCAGGUGCAAAGGUCAAGCGGCCGAGAUCGACUGUGCUAUGAUGGAGCGUGCCGAGAUAAUUUUAUUGAAACACGCGCAAAACGAGUCUUUCGGGGAAGACCUAGCCAGAAUUAAGGCGCACGGGGCUUUACAUCGCGCAAGUAAGCUAUUAAAAUUAUCACCCAUUUUAGAUGAACAUAACCUACUUCGCGUGGGCGGGCGCAUUGACGCCGCAUCAGAUGUGCCUCUGGACGUCAAGAGACCCGUAAUCCUGGACGGCCGUCAUCAGGUAGCACGAUUAAUCGUCCGACAUUACCAUGUGAAAGCGGCCCAUGGAAGUCAGGAGAUGGUGGUUAACGAAAUAAAGCAAAGGUAUUGGGUAAUUAAACUUAGACCUACUGUUAAACUCGUGACGUCAAGGUGCAUGUUGUGCAGGAUAAUGAAGAGCAGACCUCAGGUACCUCGCAUGGGAGAUCUGCCGGGUGCCUGA